AUGGUUCUAUUUAAUAGCAGUGUGUCUGUUUACGAUCCCUACAAGCGACGCAUCAUCGAUAAUUUCACCUUUCCCAACAUUACGCUCAAUCCGAAUCAUCAUGUUGCAGGCAUUGCUGUCGAUCCCUCAACCGGCCUGCUCGGUGUCACAGUCAAUGAUAGGAUUGUGCUGCAGGCACUUGGCAAAGAGGCACCGAGCCUGAACUAUUUCCUCCUCUACGACCAAAAGAAGCGUCAAGUCAAGAACUCGUUCAACAUAAAUGCUGUGACCAAAGGAAAAGUCAUCGGCAUCCAGGAUCUAGAUUACGAUAAGCGCGGCCACAAAUAUGUUCUCGGCUCGUACCCCUCGAGCAUCGUUCGAAUUGACCCUUCAGGAAAAAGACCCACUGCCUGGUAUAUAGCUGAGCCAUUUGCCGAAACUCACCUCAAGUAUGGAUUUGGCGGUAUCCAGAUCAUAGGUGAUGUGGUGCUCGUGAACGAUAAUACGAUCGGCGGAUUUAAGCGUUUCGAUGCGCGGUCCUCGAUUGGUUCUCCCACAGUUGUACCUUUUACUCCCAACGCCUCGAUCGAGUGGAGCGAUGCUAUAUUUGCGCCUCCGCGUUACCACGGAACAGUCGUCCUGGUUGCGGGAAACUACAAGGACAUCUCGGUUAUGCGCUCUCAUGAUGGCUGGAAGACAGCUGAUUAUAUGGGCUUGAUCACAGCGAGCGAGGUUGAUAUCCCAUCGGGUGCUCUGACUGUUGCCACACUUCAGAUUGGACAGAGCCUCUACGCGGCCCCAGAAUUCUUCUUCGACGCCCCUGUGGCACCCUGGAACGUAGGGAACAGAACCCAAUACACUUUGUAUGACAUAACCGCAAAGGUAGAAACUCUUUUGUGUUGA